GACAACAUCCACAUCGGGAAACGGCCAACGAGCGGCUCAGUUCAUGGAUGGUCGGAAAUUUAAAAAGGAAGUCAUUUCUUAUCCUCGAAGAUUGAUACUAUCCUCGGACGUACUUCUACUAUUUUGCGCGUAGUUUUCAAAGUGAACAAGAAUGUUACUGAGCAGUGCAUUCACCUCUGGAUGCCCGUGGCUGAAACGGAUGGCCACAUUACUUCACAUGGUUCUGAUCCUGCAGCUGGCGGUGUGGGAGACGACAGAGGCCAUCCACCCAGACUGUGCUCUGGUGGUUCAGCACAUGAAGGCUCAAGAAGAGUGCAACCAGAUCCUCAAACAGGAGGAGAACAACCACUCUGCCAGGACAGGUUGUCCGACAGCGUGGGAUGACAUCCGUUGCUGGUAUCGUGCUGAGGUGGGACAGGUGGUCAGCGUCUCGUGUGCCAAUGUCUCCCAGCUGUUUGCUAAUAACCAAGGUUACAUCUACAGGAACUGCACUGAGAAUGGAUGGUCCGAGCUCUACCCCUCCUAUGAGGAGGCAUGCGAGUUCACAGAAUAUGAAGUGACAGAACCAGAGACAUCUUACUUCUCCAACUUCAAACAGGUGUACACCGCUGGGUACGCUACCUCCCUCAUCUCUCUGAUAUCGGCUAUUUUUGUCUUCACUGUGUUCAGGAAGUUUCACUGCACCAGGAAUUACAUCCACAUCAACCUGUUCUUCUCCUUCAUCCUGAGAGCGAGCGCUGUCUUCAUCAAAGAUGCUGUUCUUUUUUCUGAUGAAAACCUGGACCACUGCUUCAUGUCUACUACAUCCUGUAAAUCAGCCGUGGCCUUCUUCCAGUUCAGUAUCCUGGCCAACUAUUUCUGGCUGCUGGUGGAGGGAAUGUACCUGCAGACGCUGCUUGCUCUCACCUUUGUCUUCCAGAAGAAAUACUUCUGGUGGUACAUACUCAUCGGCUGGGGUCUUCCUACAACAAUCAUAACGGCGUGGAUCCUCACUCGAAACUUCUACGAUAACAAGGGGUGCUGGGAUGACACAGAUGUGGCCUUCAUCUGGUGGAUCAUAAAAGCUCCAAUAACUGCAUCACUACUGGUGAACUUCAUCAUCUUCAUCAAUGUAAUCCGCAUUCUGGUCCAGAAGCUGAGAUCUCCUGGUGUUGGUGGCAAUGACACCAGUCACUUCAAAAGGCUCGCCAAAUCCACCCUGCUUCUCAUCCCUCUGUUUGGGAUGCACUACAUGGUGUUUGCCUUCCUGCCAGAAAACACAGGAGCAGAGGCCCGAAUCUUCAUAGAGCUCGGCCUGGGAUCCUUUCAGGGAUCUGUUGUGGCCCUGCUCUAUUGUUUCUUGAAUGGUGAGGUGCAGGCAGAACUGAAGAAGAGGUUUUGGUUUUGGCAGACUCAGAGCUACCUGAGCUACAGUAAAAGACGGCGUACGUUGUUCACUGAAAGCAGCACGGUCACUCAGAUCUCCGUCCUGGACAAAUCCAGCCCCAAAGACCAGCCGGCCUCAGAGACACACACCCUCACACCCAGCAACGUCUCUGCCGUCUGAGGAACGUACACUGGUGUUCACGUCUUGUGUUACAACACCUGCUCAGCAUUGGGACGGCGUCCUGAGCAAGUGACUAAACCACAGAGCCUGAUUGUUGAAUGUUAAAGGUACCUCUUAACUUUGUACGGUACGAAUUCCCACAUGGGCCUCCAAACUUAAGUCUUUUUAUUCACAGUAUCCCACACAACAUUCCCUCAUGAUAUUUAUCAUUUUCAGCUCCCAGGCAUCAGACAGAGAGGCCACAUCUUCUGUUACCUUAUUUAUUUAUCAUAGGCAGGAUUUAGCUCUGGGGUCCCUCCUCCACAUCUUAGUCACAACCACCACAUCAUUUCUCCCCUUCUACAAACACACCAACAAGUGCACCAUGUAUGUGGCUUAAAAAUGUUGUCCUUUAACUUAUUUUAUUAGAUGUAAAAAAUUAAAAAUCAACCAUAUUAUACUACUUCGAUAAUAUAUUAUAUAAGUAACAAUUAUGACGAGUAGUUUUUUCUUUUACAGCUCCUCUGACUACUGCUGGUUUAAGUCUCAGCUGCUCUGUUUUGCACUGUAAUGUUGUGUUUGUUCACAUGCUAAAUCAUUCAUAAGUGAAAAUGGGCACCAACAAAAUAAUUUUUUUCUUUAUUGUGGUCUCAAGUAGCCACAAGAUGGACAAUAGUCAGAAGGAGUAGGAGCAGGAGAGGACAAACACACGUUUCUUGCAGCUGUGAGGUCAGUUAGUGGGGAUUUUAUAACAUUUUCAAUUUUUUAGGGUAAAAGUAAGUCAGUUUUAUUUUUAUGUAACAGCCUUUCCUGCAUUAAACUAAUCUAAGAAGAGAAUUAAGAAUAGCUUUAUGAUACAUUUCUUCCCCCACCUCUGCAUCACGUGAGGUCGUUUUUCAAGCAUUUUUUGUAAGUACAAAGUCAGCAGCUGAUUAGGUUUAUCUACCAGGUUGUCCAGUUUGCAAAUGACACAGGCCCUAAAGGACAUGCUGUUCACAAUAUAUUGAGACAGAAAAAAAACUUAAAUCACUACUUGUGCACUUAAUACUCCUCGAUUUGGCUGAUCUGUAUUUAUUUUUUAUACUUUUUCCUGAUAGAAUUGUUCCAUUCAUUACAGUCUAGACUUCUCUCACAAUGAUGUUCAUGUUAUUCUUGUUCUAACUCAUUCAGUGCCACUGGUCCUAUGACUGCUGGGCACUACACUAUCAUUCUUCUAGUUCUUAUAAUAUGAAACUUCCAUCAUUUAAUAGAACAUGCCCAUGUUACCAUCAGUGGCUCUGCAUGCAACAUGUUGCACAGUGCACUAGCGCACAUCUGGAGCACUAGACUGUAAAAGCUAUUUAUUUGUGAGAUUAUUGUUUUUAAUGUC